UCUUCCCCAAGAGACCUGGAGUUGAAGGCCAAAGAGGGAGAGCCUGCUCCGUGGCAGGCUCUGUUGCUUUAUGCAGUUGGACGGCCAAGGGUCACUCUAAAAAUUGCUUCUGCUGGGGACUCAUCAGGUGGCUGUUGGUGGCUCCCCACUGCAUUUUCCUUCUUCUCCCUCGCUGUCUCUCUCAACACAGAUUGCUUCCCAAGAGGAGCCUCCUGCUGAAAACUCAUCAUCACACAUCCAGACGCCACUUCACACGGGAGGCAAGACCUUGCCUGUGACAGUGUGUCUGCCAACAUGGCCCCCAAAAAGAAGACUGUCAGAAAGAACAAAGGAGAUAUCAAUGAGAUGACCAUAAUCGUAGAAGACAGCCCCCUAAACAAACUAAAUGCUUUGAAUGGGCUCCUAGAAGGAGGCAAUGGCCUUAACUGCAUUUCUUCAGAAUUAACAGAUGCUUCUUAUGGUCCCAACCUCUUGGAAGGCUUGAGUAAAAUGAGGCAGGAGAACUUCCUUUGUGACCUAGUCAUUGGCACCAAAACCAAAUCCUUUGAUGUUCACAAGUCAGUGAUGGCUUCGUGCAGUGAAUACUUUUACAACAUCCUAAAAAAAGACCCAUCUACCCAAAGGGUGGAUCUCAAUGAUAUCUCGCCGCCAGGCCUGGCUACUGUUAUCGCCUAUGCCUACACUGGAAAGCUGACUCUCUCCUUGUAUACAAUAGGAAGCAUUAUUUCAGCUGCUGUUUAUCUUCAGAUCCAUACCCUUGUAAAGAUGUGCAGUGAUUUUCUGAUACGAGAGAUGAGUGUUGAGAAUUGCAUGUACGUUGUUAACAUUGCUGAAACAUAUUCCCUGAAAAAUGCAAAAGCAGCAGCCCAAAAGUUUAUCCGGGAUAACUUCCUGGAAUUUGCAGAAUCAGAUCAGUUUUUGAAACUUACCUUUGAGCAAAUUAAUGAACUUCUUAUAGAUGAUGACUUACAGUUGCCUUCUGAAAUAGUAGCAUUCCAGAUUGCAAUGAAAUGGUUAGAAUUUGACCAAAAGAGAGUGAAACACGCUGCAGAUCUUCUGAGCAAUAUCCGCUUUGGUACCAUCUCUGCACAGGACCUGGUCAAUUACGUUCAGUCUGUACCCAGAAUGAUGCAAGAUGCUGAUUGUCACAAACUUCUUGUAGAUGCAAUGAACUACCACUUACUUCCGUAUCAUCAAAACACAUUGCAGUCUCGGCGCACGAGAAUCCGCGGGGGCUGUCGAGUCCUUGUCACUGUUGGGGGACGUCCAGGCCUUACUGAGAAGUCCCUUAGUAGAGACGUCCUGUACAGAGACCCUGAAAAUGGAUGGAGCAAGCUUACAGAAAUGCCAGCCAAGAGUUUUAAUCAGUGUGUGGCAGUGAUGGACGGAUUUCUUUAUGUGGCUGGUGGCGAAGACCAGAAUGAUGCAAGAAAUCAAGCCAAGCAUGCAGUCAGCAAUUUCUGCAGAUUCGACCCCCGCUUCAACACCUGGAUACACCUGGCCAACAUGAACCAGAAGCGCACGCACUUCAGCCUGAGCGUGUGCGACGGGCUCCUGUACGCCGCGGGCGGCCGCAACGCCGAAGGCAGCCUGGCCUCGCUCGAGUGCUACGUGCCCUCCAGCAACCAGUGGCGGCCCAAGGCGGCCCUGGACGCGGCGCGCUGCUGCCACGCGAGCGCGGUGGCGGGCGGCCGGCUGCUGGUGACCGGCGGGUACGUGGGCAGCGCGUACUCGCGCUCCGUGAGCGCCUACGACCCGGCCGGCGACGCGUGGCAGGAGCUGGCGGGCCUGAGCACGCCGCGGGGCUGGCACUGCGCCGUGGCGCUGGGCGACCGCGUGUACGUGAUGGGCGGCAGCCAGCUGGGGCCGCGCGGGGAGCGCGUGGACGUGCUGGCGGUGGAGCGCUACAGCCCCGCCACGGGCCAGUGGAGCUCGGCCGCGCCGCUGCCCGUGGGCGUGAGCACGGCGGGCGCCGCGGCGCUGCACGGCCGCGCCUACCUGCUGGGAGGCUGGAACGAGGGCGAGAAGAAGUACAAGAAGUGCAUCCAGAGCUUCAGCCCCGAGCUCAACGAGUGGACGGAGGACGACGAGCUGCCCGAGGCCACCGUGGGCGUGUCCUGCUGCGCCCUGUGCAUGCCCAGCGGCGCCCCCCGCGAGUCCCGGGCCAGCUCGGUGUCCUCGGUGCCCGUCAGCAUCUGAGGCCGGGCGGCCGGGCGUGACCUGCCUCGGCCGUGUCCGGCGGUUUUGCGUUUUUUAUUUUUCUUUUUUUUUCUUUUUUUUUUUUUUUUUUGAUUUUUUUGAAGCCGGCUGCAGAGCCCUGGCAACAAAGGAAAGACCCUUUAUUUGAGCGGCCACUGGGUGGCAGGCAGAAUUCGUUGUGGGCCCUCGUUCCACCGGCCGUUCCCCUCAUGCACAGCGGUCACACCCACAUCUGACAGUUUUCAUCUACACUGUAGCACACGUGAAGCUUAUGGAAGCAGCUUCAUGUACCAGAGUUUCUCUUCCUCCCUCUCCUUUUUUCUUUAGCACGUCAAAAAGUCCACCCAUAGCCUUUAUUUGUUCAGGAGAGACACAGAGACACAGGCAGGGGGAGAAGCAGGCUCCAUGCAGGGAGCCCGACGCGGGACUCGAACCCGGGUCUCCAGGGUCACGCCCUGGGCUGAAGGCGGCGCUAAACCGCUGCGCCACCCGGGCUGCCCGCUCUUAGCUUUUAAGGUAGCAGCCCAUCUCUAGCCACAAAGACUUACUUCUAUAUUUAAGUGCAGUUUCUUUUCCUAGACGUGACCGAGUGGAGAACACUGAAAGGCAUCCCAUGACCCAUGAUAAAGUCAUAAAGCUUAAAACAAAGUUUGACUGGAAGGUAACGGGGAUCCCCCGCCCUGGGACUGUCACACUGCUCCCUUUGAUUUAUCCCUUAUUCUUUUCUUCCUCUGUGCCCCAGUCCCCAGGGUAUUUGCUAUCAAAAAAAGAUGCUGCUCACAGAGAAGAAACUAACUACUAGUCAUUGAGUGUAUGGUGUAAAUUUAGGUCAUUUUGUUGUUUCUCCUAGAAGUAUUUGGAAUUUAACCUUUGUCCCCUGUUAAACAAACAGCAAGUAUCACGGGAGCCUUACUCUGACCCUAAAAACUACAUACCAAAGAUGCAACCUUGAUCCUAAUGUAAGCCCCCACAGAAGAACACCAAAUAAAACUAUGGCCAAAAGGACCACCGAUGUAAAGCUUAUACAGCCCGAAGUUUAUACAACUGAUAACAAUAAUUUGAUUUCCCCCACUUUUUUUAAUGCAUGAGAAUGAAAGGAACAUUUGGAAUUCUUGGGUCUGGUAGUAACAGGAUGAAUGGCUUCUACUGUUGAUAAAUGUCACUGUUUCCCACUUCAUCGCUGUCCUUCUGAUUUCUUAAUUUACGCCAAUACAUUCAUUUCACAUGCAAAUAUGAAAAUAAUGUAUGCCCAUUCUGUUCUAUGUGUUUUAACUUCAUCUGCUCCAAUUAGCUUUGCAAAUUAAAGUAUAUCCACUUGAGGUCACUUUUCUUAUAUAUUUGCCAAGUUUUGGAGCAAGGGAAUGAUUGUAGUAAAUAUCGCAUAUUUUCCUUUCUUACAAUUUAUCACUUUUUUCUUUGGUGGUUUAUUUGUUUUGGAGACGUGGCCUAUAAGUUAUGGGUUAUGUGCAAUUGGGUUUUGGAAAAUAAAACUAUUUAAAUGGUUACUCAUGAAUAUAUGGAAAUUUAACUGGGUUUUCAUUAAUCCCCUCUCUCUUAUCUUGCGUAGAGAGGUUAUUGCUAGAGUUUCAAUAUUUAUAUUUAAAAUAUUUUAUUUGAACUGUGAAAAGUGGUUCAUAUAGUACACUUUGUGGAACAAUUUUACAUCAUUGCCUCUUAUGAAAAGUUCAAUAACUGCAUAUUUAAUGCUAACACUUGGUAAAGCCUACAACACUGUAAGCCAAGAACAAGGCAUUAGUCAUAUGAAAACACUGGGCUAUUUCCUCACCCCACACAGAACAUUAGGAGCUUCUCCGAGUAUGAAGCAGAUCUAAAGGCACCUGCUCCCUUGACUCCUUCUCCGUCCAGGCUGGAAAAUGAAACUGUGUAAGAAACCAGUUUAUGGAGAAAGUUAAAUGGAGCAAGUUAAAUCAUUGAGCGCCUUAAGUUAUCAGUGUACAAACUAUAGAUAACCUUUGUCCUUUAUGGCAUCAUUGGUAAAAUAAACUUGUCAUUUUUAAUAAGUUAGCUCAGCCACAACUUACAAAACCUAUGUGAGGGUGACUCUAACAUCUUUUAAUUGGGCAUCAAUGUAUAUAUAUAUAUAUUCUUGUACAAUUGAGAAGCCUGUAGUGCAUUAAAAAUUUUGAGAGAAAUAAAGGUGAUUUAUUAUGAAUCACAGGUCAUAAGUGGGCAAAUAGGCAUAAUUCCUGAUGUACACUAGUAGAUGUGUCUCCCACUGAGAUCCUAGAAGUUUUGUCAAGUGGAGGACCUAAGCCUUGGAAUGAAAUAAGAAUCCAUCAACUGUAACAUUUUUUCUUGGAAGAAUGAGGAGAGAUUAAAAGCAGAGGAUUAUUCAGCCUUCAGAGCUUGGUGAGAGGUUGUACACGGACUUGGCAGUGGCUUUCUGGACAUGAGACUGAAGACAUGUUAGAGCUGGAUAAAUCAUUUGAAAUUACCACGUAAUGUAUUUUCUACAUUGUUUAUCUGAAGACUCAGAAAACACACUCGCCUGGGCUGACCAGGUUCCUGGGUGCAUUGCUGUUUUGUCUUCCGUUUCAACAAUCAGGUUAAUAAAUAAAGACCAUUAUGAACUUAGAGUACUGGAAUUUCUGGCAUAUAGCAAAUUGGUAGGGAGCAUGGAACAUACAGGUGGGUCAAAGUGUCAUGUCCUGGAACAACUGAAAGACACGAAGGUAUAUAGAAUCAAAGUAACCUGGGUCCCUUUUCAUGUGUAAGUGAAGUCUACCCUUUAACCCCACUAUUGGAGCAGUUGCUCCUAGAAAACGUGACGGUUUGUCCAUGUUUCCCAACUGGAAAAUGACUUCAUUUUAUUAAACAUGUUUUAAGCUUACAUUCAAUUACACCCCCAGUCUUAGGUUCCAACACUAUACCUCCUUUUACUUUUCUGAAAGAAAAGGAUGUAUUAUUUUUGUGAUGCCUAUUGUUCUUGUAAUUGCAAAGUCCUGCGAUUAAAUAAACGCAUCAGUUCAGUCAAUCAGAGCAGUAGCAAGUUACCCAGGAGAUGAAAUUGUAAGCUCUCCUUUUCUGAAUGGGCCAGAGACCUGCUGUGUGAGUCUCAGAGGAAGCAAGACUUGAACGUAGUCUGUCUGUUUUUACUUAGACUCUUGGUGUCCCACUGUCAUCCCUGAUGCACCAGCUGCUUUCAGUGGCAUUGGAUGAGUUUUAUGUUUACUUCCUCUGCUGCUGCUAUCAGUUAUGGAUAGAAGGUCAGUGACGGUACAGAUUAGUAUAAUUCUAAUCCAUGAUUCGAUGGUAGUGGGGUGCUACGAGCGAAGAGCUAUAACUAGGGUAAGAAGUAAGUGAGAAUGUACUGAAUGGAUCUAUGAUUUAAGGCAGAGCAGCAGUUAUAGUAAGUGUAUUUUACAAACAUGCAUAUAACUAGAGGCUUCCCUGGAAGUAUGUAAGUGUUAAAAGGUCGAUUUUUUUUGCUGGUUAUCUUGGCCAAAUAUCUUCAGAAUUUAUCCAAGAUACUAUAUAAAAGAAAUUAGAAUCACUUCAUUUAAUUUUUUCCGAGUUACAAAGAAACAAGUUAAUGUAAUCUUCUUUGAAGAACUCUUCUUGAAUUCUUUUCUGAAGAAUGUUCUCUGAAGGAGCUAUGUCCUCACCCCAGCCACUGAUGAAUAUGUUCUCUAGCACAAGGCAGCAUUGCAAGGAAUUAUUUUUCAGUAUGUCUUUUCAUACCAGUAAAAACUAUAGCAUCAUUUCUUAAACACUCCUCCAUGGUAAUUCUGAGAACUGAAGAAUCUAAAGCAUUAAAGAUUUACCCUCCAGUACAUUCAGAGGGUAAAGCCCAUUGAAAUUUCCCUCUCAGAGAAUUUGAGAUAUAAUACUUGUCUUGGACACUCCUUUAAAAAAAAAAAAAAAACAACUUUGUAUUUAUUCAGCAAAUUCUGGCAAAACAAAUUCUUUGCUUAAAACAUUCUGGUACUAUAUAAGGAACAACAAACUAAAAUGUAUGUGGUGUCUGUAUCCUCAUCACUAUCAAUAAAGCUGUGUUCAGUAAGAGUUUAGUCAAUUAUCAAA